UUUAUGUUUUGAUUUGAUUUCAUUUGAUUAUUUAUUUUAUAUUUAUUGUGAUUUGUUAAUUGUGAAUUGAAAUUGUUUUACUGUUCUAUCAAGUAUGGAGGUUGAAGAGUUUGAUGAUUUACGUUUAAUAAAGUCAAUUAAAAACGAUUCAAUGGAAAUAGUUAAUGGAUCAAAUGAGAAUUCAUUACCUCGUUUUGAUAUUAAAUCUCGAACCGAAAGAGAAAUAAUCAAAUUGAUUGGUCAACAUCUCCAAGGAUUGGGAUUAAAUGACACUGUCCAGUCGUUAAUUAAAGAAUCAGGAUGCCAAUUAGAUCAUCCAUCAGCUACCAAGUUCCAAACUCAUGUAAUUGAAGGUGAUUGGAAUAAAGCGGAGGCCGAUCUUUACGAACUUAAAUACAUGUUAGCUUAUCCACAAGCUCAACUGGAGAUCAAAUUUCUUAUACUAGAACAAAAAUAUCUUGAAUUUUUGGCUGACAAUCAGGUCAUUGAUGCUCUCUACUGUCUUCAAAAUGAGAUCGCUCCAUUAAAUCAUAAAAUUGAUCGUGUCCAUGAGUUAAGUCAACUUAGUAUGUGUAAUCCUGGUGAAGAAUUGAGAAGCUUAUCCGGUUGGGAAGGUAAAGGUAUUCGAUCAAGACAAAUUCUGAUGGAAAAACUUCAGGCCUUCCUCCCACCCUCCGUGAUGCUCCCUCCAAGGCGAUUAAAGACACUCUUGUCCCAAGCUAUUGAGCUACAAAAAGAACGUUGCUUUUAUCACAAUAGCGUCAAUGAGGAUGAUCUUGAUUGCUAUUCUCUCCUAAUCGAUCAUGCUUGUAGCAAAGAGCACUUGCCAUGUGUAACCACUCAAAUUCUUACCGAUCAUGGAGAUGAAGUUUGGUAUUGUCGCUUUUCAAACGAUGGAACUAAAUUAGCCUCUGGAUCGAAAGAUAAUUCUGUUAUCAUUUGGGAUGUUGAUCCAGAAACUUUAACCUUAAAGCACAAAUUCACAUUCGAAGGACAUUCAUAUGGUGUUUCUUUCCUGUCAUGGAGUCCUGACGAUAAUUUUCUCAUUGCCUGUGGACCUGAUGAUUGCUCAGAAUUAUGGGUUUGGAAUGUACAAACUGGUGAACUGAGAGUAAAAGUUAGCCACAAUCCCGAAGAUAGUCUAACAACCUGUUCAUGGCAUAAGGAUGGAAGAAAAUUUGUGACCGGAGGUCUAAGAGGUCAAUUCUAUCAAUGUGAUAUAGAUGGAGUUAUCUUGGACCAAUGGGAAGGAGUUCGAGUGCAAUCAUUGGGCUAUCGUAAAGACGGAAAAACUGUCCUAGCUGCCGAUACCCAUCACCGAAUUAGAGGUUACAAUUUGGAAGAUGUCAUUGAUUUCAACAUAAUUCAAGAAGAUCAUUCCAUUAUUUCAUUUUCUACCGAUGAAACGGGAAGAUUAGCUUUGCUUAAUGUUUCAUCUCAGGGCGUUCAUCUUUGGGACUUAGAGGACAGAAUUCUGGUUAGAAAAUAUCAAGGUGUAACUCAAGGAUAUUAUACAAUUCAUUCAUGUUUCGGUGGAGUUAAUCAAGUUUUUAUUGCAAGUGGGAGUGAAGAUCACAAAGUAUAUAUAUGGCACACUAAACGGGAGAAACCGAUUGCAGUACUUUCAGGUCACUCGAGAACAGUUAAUUGUGUCUCUUGGAAUUCCAAAUAUCCUCAAAUGUUAGCGAGUGCCUCAGAUGAUUCAACCAUCCGAAUCUGGGGUCCAGCCAAAUCGGAAUCCCGAGAAUUAUCCUUAUUCACUAAUCAAUCUUCAUUAGAAUCAUCAUCAUCAAUCAAUAAUUUUCAAGACAUUUUUUAAUUAACCACUAAAUCACUUUAACAAACAUAAACACACACACACACACAUACAUACAAACACCAAACCAUUUACACUCAUCAUGAAAUUUUCAAGAUAAAUAAUCUCUCCCUCUUA